AAUUUUAAUGUCUCAUAUAUAAAUGUUGUGUCUCCCAAAAUUCCACAUUUCAUUUUUUCCCUCUAUAUAUCAUAGGUAGUAGUAGCCUAGCCUAUAUCUCUGUUUAUUUAACUCCGCCACCGUCGUCGCAGCCGAUUCACAAACAAUGGCCUCUUUAACCUCCGACCUGUUGAAUUUCAUCGUCUUCCGGUACCUCCAGGAAUCAGGAUUCAUUCAUGCAGCAUUUUCUUUUGGAUACGAGGCAGGGCUCAAUAGGAGCUCAAUAGAUGGUCGUCUGAUUCCCAUCAAUGCACUGAUUAAAAUUGUGCAGAAGGGUCUUCAAUAUCUUGAGUUGGAAACCAACUUGAGCAUUGUAAGUCAAAUAUUUGAAUAUGAUGAUACCGAUAUGGAUGAAGACUUCAGGUUUGUGGAACCUUUUGAUCUCAUAACAAAAAGUGUAUCUGAGUUGCAACAAAUGAUUAAAGAGGAAAAGGAAAAGGUUAGGAAAGAUAAGGCAAAUGCUGACAAUGAGCUCGACCAUGAACGAGAACCUGCAAGAGACAGCGAGAAGGAGAAAAAUGGAAAUGACGGAGAUUUGGAGCCUAUGGAUAUCUGCACAGACUCGACCUCUUUGCCGUGUGAAAUUUCUAGCUGUGAUGUAAGGGCUUUGGAAGGGCAUACUUCUGAGGUUUUUGUCUGUGCUUGGAGUCCGGAAGGGUCACUUCUCGCAUCUGGGUCUGGAGACUCUACUGCUAGAAUUUGGACUAUUGGCGAUGGUUCAGGCAAUCCUACUAUGCAGAGGAUGCCUCCAAAUGUUAUGGUUUUGAAGCAUUUGGACAGUCGAGCAACUGAGGAAAACAACGAUGUUACAACACUUGAUUGGAAUAGGAAGGGUACCCUGCUUGCGACAGGUUCUUACGAUGGCCAAGCCAGAAUCUGGACCCGAUCAGGGUCAUUGUUUCAAACUCUUAACAAACAUGAAGGGACAAUCUUCUCUGUGAAAUGGAACAAGAAAGGUGAUUAUCUCCUUAGCGGUAGUACCGAUAGAACUGCCGUUGUUUGGAAUGUGAAGUCUGGAGAAUUGAAGCAGCAAUUUUGUUUUAAUGCAGGUUUUCUUGAUGCUGAUUGGCUUGACAACAAUUCUUUUGCGAUCGGCUCCACUGAUAACAAGGUUUAUAUUUGUAAAGUUGGGGUGAAUCAACCAGUCAAAAGAUUCUCAGGCCAUAAGAAUGCGAUCAAUGCUAUCAAGUGGGAUCCCUCAGGUUCCUUGCUGGCUUCAUGCUCCGAAGAUACCACAGUUAAGAUAUGGAGCAUGAAAAGGGAUGUCUGCUUGCAUAAUUUCCGAGAACACAGCAAAGAGAUAAAUACCGUUAGAUGGAGUCCAACUGGCGCUGGUACAAGCAAUCCGAAUAAGAAGUUGUUGCUAGCAAGUGCUUCGUUUGACUCUACCGUUAAGCUGUGGGAUAUUGAACGAGGGCGUCUGCUUCACAGCUUGAACGGUCACAGGGAAGUCGUCUACUCCGUUGCAUUCAGUCCAAACGGUGACUACUUGGCGAGUGGGUCACUGGAUAAACGCAUGAAUAUAUGGUCAGUGAAGGAGGCCAAGAUUGUUAAGACUUACCACACUGAUGGCGGAAUUUUCAAUGUCUGUUGGAACAAGGAAGGCAACAAGGUUGCAGCCUGUUUUUCAAACAAGGUUUUUGUGUUCGAUAUUCGCUCGUAGAAGUUGAGGAACCAGUGUCCGGUUACCCAUAUUAGACUCCGACUAAAUCAUUAUGAAUUGAUCUAAACUUGUGUCAUGUUUCUGGUAUUUAAUUAGUUGUACUUUUAAAAUUACAGAUUCAAACCUCUUACUUGUUGCAAUUUAGUGACAUUGCAUACAUAAACUUAUGCUUCGAGUUAAAAGUACUGAGUUCAGAUGAAUUCGAAUGUACUGUUACUAGUAUUUAUUAACUCGUUAUACUUUUAGAACCACGGAUGCAAACAUGUUAUUUGUUUGAAGUUUUAGAGAAACUUCAACUCAUGAACUUAUGCUG